GACACGAAAAUAUGUCAAGAUGAUUCAAGAGAUGAAAUAGAAGAAAAUUUUGAAGUUUUGAGGUCUAAGCUCGAUAACCCUGUGCGAGAAAAAGAUGUGAGCCUUUAUGGUUCUCUUAGAACAAACCUAAAUAAUAUUGAUACAUCGGAAUAUACUUGGAGAGACCCGAAAGCAAGUAGUACUAACAGACGAAUCGAAAAUAGUACAAUAGAACCUCGUGAAAGUAUGAAAUGCGUUCUUCCCAAUUCUGUCAUAUCUAAGUAUAGUGCGUUCGUAGAAAAUUUCCGUAACAUAAAUGUUCCAAGAGAUAUGGGAGAUAUUAUUCAUAAUAAUUUAUGGAAAGAGAAUGAAUUUGAAUUAUCGAAAACAGCAAAACGGAUUUUAAACGUACU